AUGGGAAGACCUACAAAGCCCAGAGUCAAAGGCAACAUGCAGCCUGCUAGUAGCAGUCGAGCUGCAGAACUCGCUGGCUCAGGCAACUCAUUGAGCUUUGAAAACCUCGGUGGAUUUGCUCAAUUUGUUGGUACGCCUGCCACUUCGGGCAUCAUCAACUCUCGCCCUGCAACGCCUUCAUCAUUGGAUGGCCAUGAAAGUGCUGCUUUACCCGACUUGGAUCCAGAGCUUGUUGUGAUUUUGAAAAAGGCGUCGAAACGCGACGCUGUAACCAAAUUGAAGGCAUUGGAGGAAUUGGAAGCCUAUUUGCAGUCAAACAAGCAUGCAGUUGGACAUAUACUGCACAACUGGGUUACAAUGUACAGUAAACUCGUGUUGGAAGUGGAUCGCCGUGUUCGAUUAGUAGCAAAUCAAGUACACGCCUUGAUCACAGCAAACGCUAAAAAGAAGCUAGCACCUCUUUUGAAGGAAUUCAUCGGCCCUUGGCUGCUCUCCAUGAACGAUCAAAGCAAAGACAUUGUCAGAGUGGCACAAAACGCUUUUGAGUCUGUGUUUGCAGUGGACAAGCGAUUAGGCGUUAUUUCCUUCUGCCAAAAGGAGGUUCUGGACUAUGUUACCGACAUGUUACUUUACAAAACAGCAGAGACACUGAGUGAUGCUAGAUAUGUGUCAAAAGAGGAUAUGCUGUCAAAGUAUGCUCGCGUGGUUGCUUCCUGCUUCCAAGUAGUGUCUUAUUUGAUCACAGGACUGUCGAUUGAGGAAAGAGCCAAGUGUCAGGCGGAAUACGAUGUGAUUUUGGAUGAUACAACCAUGUGGAAGAAAUUUGCAACACACAACAAUCCUGUCAUUCGCAAAGCUUUGUACAUGUUUAUCAAGACAUUGCUGUUAUCUUGGGUGGAUGUGGUGGAGCCUCGAUUAGAAUUAAUUUCUCCUCAAUUUUACGCCAGUGUGUUUGUGGAAAAGGAUACAGCUACUCAUUCUGACAUGUGGGACGCAUUGCUAUUGAUGACCAAGAAGUUACCCAUUUCCUGGGUCAUCAUUGGCAAAAAGAAGCCUGCAUUGACCAAGUUGUACAACUUUCUUCGCAACGGCCUCAAUGGCUCUGUCAGUAUUGCCUAUCCCAGUAUGCUUGCAUUGCUGGCUAAUUUGCCUGAUGAAUUGAAGCGCUCGCCCAGUUUUUACACGGAUGUUUUCGACAACUUCUGGAAGGGAUUUUCAGCAGAGUACAUUGACAAGACCAACUCUCAUAUUUUCUUAAAUGCUUAUGCUGAAUGCAUUGUUUAUUUUGCCAUUAGCUUAAGUAAAUUAAACGACGAAGAAUCCACAAAAUCAGCCACGGCACUUAUUGAAGGCACAUUUUGGGAUAUGAUCAAAGUCUACUUUUUGAAUUCUCGAGACAGCAAGAUCAACGACAAACUGGAUGUGAAUAGUUACGCCAUCGUUGCCAAGCAUUUGGUUGUUUUAGCCUCUGUGGACAGUGUAAAGAGAUGCAUGAAAACUCUGUGGAUAAAUUUGGAUGAAUUGCUAGUACAGACAGUGGUGGAUUGUGGAUCUGUCGUUACUCGAGCUCCUUUGAAUAUGGAUGUAUUCUGUCAAAAGACUGGCGGUUUUUUGGCGGCUAUGUCCAGCGAAGUGAAGACAGCAAACAACCCAAAGCACACCGAUCUUACAGCUUACACUAGCGACCUUGCCAAGCGUCUCUUAUUGGCGUCUGUGGAAUCCAGCAUUGUACAUAAAGACAAGUCAUUUGGAUUGCUGAUCUUCUCCAAUCAAUUGGUCAAUACCUACCCUGUGCAAGACACCAAGGGUCUUGUUUAUGCAACUGAGCAGUCUUUGACUUUGUUGGAAGAAGGCCCUGAAAACACCUCUGCUUCUUUAGCGUCGUACUAUGUCACCUUGAUCAGCAAAAUGGAAGACAAAUCUGAAUCUGUCAAAUUGUGGAAUACAUUGAUUAACAAGCUGAGCGACAUGUUUAGCAAGGAAAAAUUAGCCUUGCGUAGUGCCAUGACUUUGGUGCUUGUUUUGGAGCAGAUCCACGCUGAAAAUAUUGCUUUAGAGACCAAUUACCAGUCUGACGCUUUGGAUAAGAUAGUGAAGGAUGUUGCUCUUGUCAGACUGAACGAGGCUGCCAUCAUUGUACCUCGUCCUGUUCUGGAGAGCAUUGUAUCCUGGAGCUUGAGACAUCAUUUGUCAUAUGGUAUUUUAUCAGAUGAUUGUGCUAAUGCCAUUAUCAAGGCACUCGAGUCGAACCUCCUUGGAUUCAACCGCUACCAAUACGUUGAGAAGACCACACUCGCACUGCCUGAACCUGCCAUCCAAGUUUUGAAGAGCACUUUAUCCACCUUGAUUAUCCUACAAAAAGCGAUCGACUACAAGAAGCAUGCUGUUGCACUAACUCAACUUAGUGACAAGUUGGUCUACGAAGUCUUUGACGCCAUGUUUGUCACUGCCAAGACACCUCAUGAAGAAGAAGAGCAAGCCAAAGCGGAAGACAAUGAAGCACUCUCACUCCAGAUUUCACAACGAGCGGCUGCUGUUUGGGAUUUACUGGCAUCUGCUGCUUUCGUGGAUAAUGCACCAUUGCAAUCAACUCUUAUCGAACGCGUGAAACGCUCCAUCACAGAUAUCCAAUACUCGGCGAGUCCAUCAGACAGCGUACGUCGUAUCAACAAGCUGCUGGCUAUUGUUCCAUCCAGUGCUAUUGCUGAUAUUCUGGGAACCGAACAAGAUUGGAAAACCUUGUCCUCUGUGCCAUUGGGACAAAAGACAAACGAGUACCUGACGCUGGGUCUUGUCGAUGUAUACGCCUCUCUAUCCAUUGAACCGCUUGUGGAUGACCUCGGUGAAUUAAGACCUGUUACCUACGAUAUCUAUGGCUUGUCCUCUUUUGCAAGAUUUGCCCUGUUUCUAGGUGAGUAUCUCUCUGAUGCGCAGGUUCGUCAUGCAUUCUUUACUCAAGGCAAUCGCGACUGGGUUAUCCGCCAGCUGAUGUUUGUGUGCAUCGCUUGUGAACAGGGCUUUUUGGCACCUGAUGUUUGCUGUCUUUGGGAGGUCAAGGCUAUCGAAGGUGUUCGCGUGUUUGUGCACUCUGCCAGCCAAGUCUUUGAUGAUUGGGUGACCGAAGCUCUCUCAGAAGUUGAUAGCGUUUCCUCUUGGAACAGCAAGCUUCUUGAAUCUAUUCAAGCGAAAAGUACUCCUAAGCAAGGUCGCUUAGCAAGCUUUGUCGCCCAGUUGAUGUUGACUCAAGAAUCCGAGCACCCUGCUCUGUCUGCUCAACUGUUACAGCGUGUAUUGCAAAGACUAGUUAUCUUGCUGGACUGGCAGACAACAGAUGUCGAAAAGUGGUUGCCGCUGAUCAAAGCAGAAUCCGAGCAACUGGAUUUGUUGAGCAAGGUAGCCAUAUUGACGUCUUUCAAGGGCAUUCUCGGCAGCACCGAGAGCUUCAAGCACUAUCAGAGCGACCUCUCCAGUAAAUUGUCUGGUAUCACCUCUCAGGAACAACUCGACUACGAUUUUGAAGACCCUGAUUUGAAAAAGAAGAAGAACUGGAGUCUAUUGGCACUGUUAAAUGCAUCUUCUCUCAAGCUUGGCUCAUUCGAUAUACCACGUCAAAGAUUAAUGUAUCUUAUUCAGGGUACUCGACCUCUUUUGAGCGACGAGGAUGCUGAUUUUAGCAGUGACCAACAAAAGGCGCGUGUUCAAGCUCAGUUAGCACAGUUACUCAAGCAUUUAGCCGAAUCAGUGCAAGAUGUCUCUGGAAGCCAUUGGUCUUUCUUUUUGCAGUGCUGUUAUGGCUGGAUCACACUUGCUGACACGACCCAGCCCGAAGAGCUCUUGGUUGUGUAUCAUGCGCUUGAUUUGUUCAACACGCUCUGCUUGUUGUCAGGAGACGCCAGUAACGACGAACUGCAGGAAGCUGUGCAAGACAUGAUGCCCGCAUUAAGCAAGUCGCUUUUGCAAUUGAUGGCCAACGAGGAGAAGUAUUUGCAGCAACAAAAGAGAGAUGAGCAACAUCAAGCAAGACUGGUGUAUCAAACACUGUUAUCCGACUUGCUGGAGCACAUUCCCGAAAAGACCUUGAUUGACAGUGAUUGUUUCGAUAACUUAAAUGCACUCAUCCGCUCUCCUAAUGAAGUGCUUCAGAAGCGUGCAUAUCUCCUAUUGAAAAAGUACAUUGCUCACAGAGUCCAGGAUCUGUCUGUAAAGCUUGAAUUUACAGAAACGAGUGAGGAAAAAACACACGCUGAUAUCGAUAGUGCUAUAUUUGAUGUCCUUUUGAAUCCACCGGACUUGAGUGGCUGGCAAUCCGUUGGUAUUGAGGAACACACAAUCCAUGAAGUUCUAGGCUACUUACUGACAUGGAUGCUCAUGUUUGAUCAUUUCACCGACAUUACAUUCAAAUUGAAGCAAGAAUACACUGCACAACUCAAAGACCAGGAAGCUGUGUCUCAUUUGAUGCCCAUUCUGUGUAUGAUCUUGAGUGUAGGCCAACAACAAGGAAGCAAAUCAUUCGAUCUAGCGCCUUGGUCCAUUGUCGAGUACGAUACAGACGGCUUUGAUUCGACUUCCGAGAUGAGCUUCCUCGUGCUAGCGUCUCACUUAUACUACAGAGCACUGACCCACAUUCCCUCGCUUGUGCGACUCUGGUGGAUCGACUGCAAACACCGUCAAUUAACCAUUGCAGUGGAGACUUACACUGAAAAGUUCUUUAGUCAGCAGCUGAUCAGCAAUGAAAUGGAUCUGGUCAACCGUCCAGACAUCAAAGCCCAAUUGCAAGAGAACGAUGACAAUGAGUUCACAGUCAAGACGCUCAAGGCAGCUGGUGAAGUAACUGCAACUUACAGAGUUGAUGAACAAAACAUGCAAAUUGCCAUCAAGAUGCCUAGUAACUUUCCAUUGCGUCAAAUUGAUGUGGAAGGAGUACAAAAGGUGGGUGUCAACGACAAGCAAUGGCGUGGUUGGAUGUUUGCAGUGGCUGCCGUCAUUGGAUUUCAAAACGGCAACAUUGUGGAUGCACUGACAGUGUUUAAGCGCAACGUGAAUCUUCAUUUUAAUGGUGUCGAGGAUUGUACCAUUUGCUACUCUAUUAUCAGUAUCCAAGAUAGAUCUAUACCCACAAAACAAUGUAGAACAUGUAAAAACAAAUUCCACUCGAGUUGUUUGUACAAGUGGUUCCGAUCAUCUGAUACAGCUAGUUGUCCUCUGUGUAGAACCGUUUUCUAA